UCAUUUAAUAACUCAAAGUAAAUGAUAAUUCAGGUAGGAUUCGUAUCAAAAUUUACUAAUUUUCCCUAAUAAAAUUCCUUUUUAAAACCCCUAAACUCAAUUCUGAAUGUUAUCAAGAGUCCAAUGUCAGAUAGGCUCAAACAAAUAUUAUUUAUUUAUUUAUUUUAAAAUCUUCACUAUAUAAAUACGAAACGCCCACAAUCUCUUCCGCGUAUUUCGUCUCCUACAAAAGCUUUCUCUAAUCACUAGCUCGCUCGCCUCCGCCGCUACCUUUGCUUCCUUUCACAAAACCCAAAGCCAAAUCAACAAGUGAUUUCGAUUAUCACAUUAUCUCCGGCUCAAUCGAUUCUGAUGUCAAGUUUAAUCAGAAUCUCACUCUGUUUUCACCACACAGAUGCUUCCUUGUGCGAGCUCCGAAUCAGAGUCCUUAGACAAGGACUCUGAGCCUUUCGUGGAAACAGAUCCGACCGGUAGAUACGGCCGUUACGACGAGCUACUCGGCUCAGGCGCCGUUAAAAAAGUCUACAGAGCCUUUGACCAAGAGGAAGGCAUUGAGGUCGCGUGGAACCAAGUCAAGCUGAGAUGUUUCUCCGACGACGCAGCCAUGCUUGAGAGGCUCUACUCUGAGGUCAGGCUGCUCAAGAGCCUCAAGAACACUAACAUCAUCGCCUUGUAUAAGGUCUGGAGAGACGAGAGGAGCAACACUUUGAACUUCAUCACCGAGAUUUGCACCUCUGGGAAUCUGAGAGAGUAUCGGAAGAAGCAUAGGCAUGUGUCUAUGAGAGCUUUGAAGAAGUGGUCUAAGCAGAUACUCAAAGGGUUGGUUUAUCUCCAUACUCAUGAUCCUUGCAUUAUUCAUAGAGAUCUCAACUGUAGCAACGUUUUCGUCAAUGGAAACAUCGGUCAGGUUAAGAUUGGUGAUCUUGGUUUAGCUGCAGUCGUGGGGAAGAAUCAUUUAGCUCACUCGAUCCUCGGGACACCAGAGUUCAUGGCGCCUGAGCUAUACGAGGAGAAGUACACGGAGUUGAUUGACGUGUACUCUUACGGGAUGUGUGUUUUGGAGCUUGUGUCGCUGGAGAUUCCAUACAGCGAAUGCGACAGCGUGGCCAAGAUAUACAGAAAGGUGAGCAGUGGAGUCAAACCAGAGGCUCUGAACAAAGUAAAGGAUCUAGAAGCUAAGGCCUUUAUUGAGAAGUGCAUUGCGCCAAAAAAGUUGAGACCUUCUGCAGCUGAGCUUCUUCGUGACCCGUUCUUUGAUGGGAUAGUGGAUGAAGAAGAAGAAGAAGAAAACAAUGACAAUGGUGGAACUGGUCGUAUUGUGUCUUGAUGAUGGGUGGAUGAUGCAUAAGGUGACCAGUUUGUUUGUCUUGUGGUUUGAGUCUGUUUUUACAUUUUGGGAGGCAUUGUUUCGUUCUUUUUUUUUCGAUUCUUUUGUCUCUUUAGGAUGUACAUAAACUUUUGGUUCGUUAUUGGAAUUACACAGCCUUUUCUUUUUAGUUAAUAACCUGAUUUCAAACGUGGGAGAAAGCAGAAUCUAUAAUUUUAUUUGUACGUCUCAGAAAGUUUUGUAAAUUAUUGUAUUAUGCUCUACAAUUUGCUAAACAUUUGUUAUCUUUUGAA